UAGGUCUGACAUUUCAGUCACCCAUGAGUCACCCACCAGUCACCGCCAUGUGGAGGUAGUUUACAGAUUGUCUGCAUAUUGUCUGUAGACGCCGUAUGGGCGGCAAGUAGGUGUGAUGUGUGGUGCGCGACAUGGUGCGGUGAUCGGGACAGUCAGGAGCAGACGACAAGGAGUGCGCGUGCCAAGGCCAAUUCCGUGCUGGAAGGAGAAAAACGACAACGCCGAAGAGCGUCCGGCACGCGAACGCGCGGCGCAAGAAAAACAACUAAAAGAAGAAAAGAAAACCAAUUAAGAAAGACCACGGGGCGUCACGCAGCCAAUCCGAGAAUGCCUGUUUGGCCAGAGAGAAGAGAAAGCGUGGUGCGCUGGCAGAAAGGGGAGACGCAGAGGAGACGCAGGGAAGACGCCAGGAGAAUUCCAGGAAGCGGCGCCAGGAGGAGGUCGACCACCGGAGCGGGCGUUGAAGACGGGCCGUCGGGUUCCGUACCCGAGCCACCAGGACUUCACCCGACCGAGGCCUCCUGCCAACCUGUUCCUGUGCGUCGCCCGUCAACCCGAGCGGGCCGUCAGCUCCUCAAGGUCGGUGAGCUUCUGCGCCCGUGGGCAGAACGAGAACAGUCGGGCUGCGGGCCCGAGUUUUACGCCAGCUGCCCGGCCAGAACGCCGCCCCCAUCUGUCGUGUCACCUACUGCCCGACGCCGGCGUUCGAGCUUCUGUGCCCGUGGGCAGGACAAGAGCAGUCGGGCUACGGGCCCGAGCUCUACACCCAGCUGCCCGGCCAGAACGCCGCCGCCAUCUGCUCGUGCCACCAAGCCGCCUGCGUCAUCUCUCCCGACUAGAGCUGGCCAGCUUCGGUCGCCCGGUCAACCAACUUACACCACGACCUUUGGUGGUCGCCUUGCCUUGCCUUAUGCACCUGGGACCCGCGUGACUAUGUUGUUCAUGCCACUCAAUAACCCGGCCGGAAGUUUUACUGGUUGGCCGUUCAGCAGCGCGUUAUCUCCAUGGACGAUCGGGCUUCGAGGAGAUGCGCGCACGCUGAUGCACUGGGCCGCAUCAUUUAGCUUCCCAGGAGAAGAACAAUCACUCGUUUGCGAAGCAACCCGGGAUAGCGUCACCGGCGAGCUAACAGCCCACUCGGGAUGGCGGACAAGCGCUGCAAUUCAGGCGAGAGCAGCUACGCAGGUGAAGACGAAGCCGGGCCAAGCCAGCCGGGGACAAGGGUCAGCUUGUAUUUCACACCGCUGAACAACCCUGCCGGUACACUGACGGGCUGGCCUUUCACACUCCUCGCAUCCCCCUUCACCAGUGGGCUCCGAGGCGAUGCUCGGAGCCUUAUGCACUGGGCUGUGGGGUUCGAAUUCCCUGGAAAAGAAGGAUUCCUCGUCUGCGAGGCAAUGCACUAUGGGGAGACGGGGGAACUAGUCGCACACUCCACGUGGCGGACAGCCGCGGCGGUGGAGGCCACCCGACCCAGGAGGCAGGAGCGAGUACAAGGCCCUACGAUCAGCCUCUUCUCGGGCCAUGGCUGCAAGCCACUCCACCCUAGAAAGCAACCUAUCGUGUUGCUGUGGCUCGAGCGGGUACGAAACACCAGGGAAUCCUGCACCCCAGGGAAACGACCCUGCACCCAAGCAGCCACAAGUUGGUAAAGACGAAGCCGGGCCAAGCCAGCCGUUGACAAGGGUCAGCUUGUUUUUUACGCCAUUGAACAACCCUGCGGGUUCACUGACCGGCUGGCCUUUGACACUCCUGGCAUCCCCAUUCACCAGUGGGCUCCGAGGCGAUGCUCGGAGCCUCAUGCACUGGGCGGUGGGGUUUGAGUUCCCUGGGGAAGCAGGGAUCCUGAUCUGCGAGGCUACACGUGAUCGGGAGACUGGCGAACUCGUGGCACACUCCACCUGGCGGACAGCCGCGGCGGUGGAGGCCACCCGACCGAGGAGGGUGAUCCCAUUGCCUUGCGGCAUGAACCUGGGACCCGCGUGACUAUGCUGUUCACACCACUCAAUAACCGGGCCGGAAGUUUUACUGGUUGGCCGUUGAGCAGCGCGUUAUCUCCAUGGACGAGCGGGCUUCGAGGAGAUGCGCGCACGCUGAUGCACUGGGCCGUAUCAUUUAGCUUCCCAGGAGAAGAACAAUCACUCGUGUGCGAAGCAACCCGGGAUAGCGUCACCGGCGAGCUAACAGCCCACUCGGGAUGGCGGACAAGCGCUGCAAUUCAGGCGAGAGCAGCUACGCAGGUGGUCCUGGGACAAUACCAGGUGUCCCAAGACGAAGUGCAUGGGGUGCUUAAGGAUUUCCUCCAUCUGGGGCCCUAUGAUGUGAGGAAGAACUCAUGCCAAACUUUCGCACUCCAGCUCCUACAGCGUCUUGGCAUCGACGUACCACAGGAUGUUUUGACGUGCGAAGAAGCCAUCGCACUGUCAUCUGGGAUGAGCAGCACACAAGGAGAGCCGGAAUGCAAAAUGCAAAUGGCAAAGUGCAAGUGGACCCCUUGGCCUGGUUGAUGAACCUGCCACUCACGUGACCAUGUUAUUUAUGCCACUGAAUAAUCCAGCAGGAAGUUUUACUGGCUGGCCGAUCACCAGCGUGUCAUCUCCGUGGACGAGCGGCCUUCGGGGAGACGCGCGCACGCUCAUGCAUUGGGCGGCAGCAUUUACCUUCCCAGGAGAAGAGCAGUCGCUAGUUUGCGAAGCCACCCGGGAUAGCGUCACAGGCGAGCUGACAGCCCACUCCGGAUGGCGGACAAGCGCUGCCAUUCAGGCGAGAGCAGCUAGGCAGGUGGACCUUGGAUACCACCACAUAAGUGAAGACCAAGUACAUGCUAUCAUGAAAGAGCUGGGAAACCUCGGCCAGUAUGACAUCAAGAAUAAUUCUUGUCAAACGUUCGUUAAAGAACUUCUAAGCAAAUUGAACAUUGAGGUGCCUUCUGACGUAGUCCCGUGCAAAGCCGCAAUAGCGCCAUACGCAUCGACAAGCAAGUAAUGCAAGGUGGAAGAGCAAGCUCAAACUGGGAUUUAGCCCGCCACUACCAUGGAGUUAUGUGGACAAAGCAUGGAUUUUUUUUUUUGAUAAGCUCCCAAACUGCAAACUUGUCUUCAGAAAUGUUGGCAGGAAUGUCUUCAGAAAUUUUGACCUGACACUCAAUUUUGGUGCUCGUCUUGCAUCUAAGUACGUUCAACCAGUUACUAACACUUUGACGUUCGUGAUAAGCGUGAACCUAAUGUGCGUUUCUGUUGUACUGUGCACUGCCGCUGGAAUAUGUUGCAAUGUUGCUACGGUUUGGAGCGCAAAACCCUAGAUUUUCUCUCUAUCGUUUUCUUUUCUUUGAGCCGAAAAAAUCACCGAGAAGGCUUCGAGUCGAAAAUAACUUCUUCUUUUUUUUAUUUUGAAAGAAACCAGACAGAUACAUAUUUCAAGUCACACGAAUAUGCGAAAGGCGUACAAAUCAGAAAACAAAUGUCAACUCGAAAUAAUUUCAACAUGCACAAAUCAACUUGGACAAGUCAGAAGAGGACACCGCGACGCAGCACGGACAACUACGUUGUGUGCGUGAUUUCAUGAAUCCCUUCGCAGUCGCGGCUCAAAGAAUAGUAUUCCUCUGUUUCACGACCAACUGUGUCGCUACAAGCUGAUUAGAGAACAGGGACAGUCAGUCCUCGUAUACAUGUAUGAACGCACGCAUGUAUGUGAACUCCCUCCAGUGGAAGUGUGCGUGCGUGUGCGCAUGCUCUUGUGCCUAUCUUGCUCUCUUUAUGUGUGUGUUUGCGAGCGUUUCUGUCAGUUUCUAUCUCUUUGAGUUGUGCUGUUGUUUGUAUAUGUAUGUGUGUUCGCGCGAGCGCUUGUGAGUUCUUUUGUGCUUGUAAAUUCUUGAGUGUGCUUUCCCUCGUCCCACAUGAAAAGAGAUAACGUCAAACAUCCGCAAUUAGGAUGCUCGCCCGUUAGUGUCGUCAGAACACUACCACCAGAUUUUUCUUCCGUUCCGCCUUUCAAUCACGGCGCAGCGGAAGCGUAUCACGCGCAGCAUAUUCACUGUCUGUCGUCUGCUCCCUUGCAUCCUUAUGCGCCAUAUAUACAAUGGCGGCUGCGAUGGCUCGUGCUCAUUUUCCUGGCUCUGGUUAUAAACGAUCCCAUUGCGCUGAGGUUGUGAAUAAGGCCGUUGGCUCACGACUAAGGAGAACAGUUGUCACGAUUCAUAUGGGACACGUCCCGCCUUUGGCCGUCGUGGUCCGACUGUUUUGCGGUUAAUGUGUGGGGCCGUGCUUUGUUCCGCUAUGGCUUCUCCGGGCCACCAGUCUUCGCGUAAUGCCUGCCCUGUUGUACCGAAUCCGCUGUUCACAUUCUGGGAUGUAUGGGCGCCACCUUGUACAAGAUUCGAGAGGCAGGCGACAAAGUUAAACACUGCUGAAAAUGUGAGGGCAGAACCUGUGGUGCGAUCUUGCAAUGGUUCGGAAAGCGAACCGUCACCUGCUUUAGCAUAAUCGGUCAGAAUGGCGCCUUUUGCUGACAAAAACGUCAUUGCUAUCAAUCACGGGAGAGCCAGCGAAUGGUUCGGCACGCCUCCAUGAACGUAUGCGCACCACUAAUUAUUCCUGCGCUUUCUCCAUGCAGCUACAAUUCAUAUCUCAACGUGCUAGCUAGAGGGCAGCCUACCGAAGCCGGAGAGCACUGACCACGCCGUCAUGCUUGUAACUCACCCGGUGUUGGAAGCACGUAGAAUAAUGCCGAAGCGCAAGUGCAAAUUUACCGAAGGGCUCGCAAAAGUGUUUCCCCAUCAAAUAAACGAAGUGUGAAAGAAAUGUUGAAUCCCUCUUCUGGUAUUCCAAAUUUCGAAUGUUCCCCAACUUAUGAAAAUCACCCUUAUCAAUUUUUCAGUGUACUCGCGCGUCGAAGGCCAAUAGGAGUAAAGUGCGGUCAUGCAUCAUGAUCAAUAGUUCUUUGUUCUCCUCCUGUAAAAAAGAAAAGGCAAUAAAACGUAACCUCAAAGUACAGAGUACAACCUGGUU